UUGCAGAGUUGUGAGUAUGUUUUGGAUCAUCGAGAGAACUGCUCUGUGAAACAUUGGAGGAAUUCUCUCUUCUCGUGAAGUGAAAGUGAAAUUAAAAGCAGAAGUGGGUGGAUACUUUGAUACUGGAUAUACAAAGCUUAUUUGUUUUCACUGCAACAUUCCUGAAGCAGUUGGAUAGGUGUUAAGGCUCUUCGCUCUGUCCCAGCACAUUAAAGCAAUGGGAAAUUAUUUCUUCAAACCUGCUCCGCCACCAUCACUUUCAGAACCGUGGAGAGAAAUAAACUGGGGGGAAAGACAGAGUGCCUUGAAGUCUGUUCAGGACUACAAACCUCGUAUUAAAGGCCAGCAUCUCCGGAUUCUUCUUCAUGGACCAGUGGGGGCUGGAAAGUCCAGUUUCAUCAACUCUGUUAUCAGUGUCCUAGAAGUGAAAAUGCGCACACUGGCUGUGACCGAAAGCACAAGUACUGACUGUUGCACCAAAAAGUACACAACCUACAAGAUCCAAAAAGGAAGCCCAGACGCCUUUUACCCUUUAGUCCUCAAUGACAUGAGUGGUGUAAAGAACGGCACCCGCAGAAACAGAAAAAUUCACGUGAAAGAUGUCACUCGGUUGAUGAAGGGACAUGUGAAAGAUGGUUACACGUUCAAUCCUGAAUGUAAGAUAUCGAAGGAUGAUCAACACUACAAUACAUCCCCAACUGUCAACGACAAAGUCCAUGUUCUGGUUUCUGUUAUUGAUGCCAGCAAAGUAUCUCUGAUGAGUCAUGAAGUUCUGGAGGUAAUGCUGGACAUCAGAGAAGAGGCCAAAGAACUGGGAAUCCCUCAUGUGGCCAUUCUCACCCAAAUUGACCAGGCCUGUCCUGAAAUCCAAAAAGAUAUAAAGAAUGUCUACAGGAGCAUAAAGCUACGUGAAAAGAUGGAGCAGUUCAGUGUAAAUAGUGGAAUUCCGCUGAACUCCAUCUUCCCUGUGAAGAACUACCAUGAUGAAAUCGACUUAAACGGUGACGUUGACUCACUGAUCCUGAGCGCCCUGAGAAGUAUCAUCAACAUCGGAGAAGACUUCCUGAAUCGUAAAAAUACAUAAUGUUCAGAUAGAUGAUGUACAAUGUCCAAAAACUAUUAUGUGGCAUUCAACACAGGAACUCAAAUGUUUAAUAUUUACUUGCUGCAUUGAACUCAUGUUAUUAAUAAGCAGUGAUUUUUAAGGUGGAGCUACUUUAUUCAGUGUUUUUAGCGGUUUUAAUCAGCAGGUUUUUUGUUUUGGAGAGGAAGACCUCUGUAGAUAAUUCAACAAUGGUGGUGAAAACAGAUAUCAUUAAACUUUAAAUCUUGUUAUUUAGUUGAUGUGAGCAGCGUCCUAGUCACAAAAAAAAUUUGUAAUGUUUAGGAAGAUUUUUUUGGCAGAAAUAAAAAGAUAUAUUAAUAUGAA